AGUGAAGAUGAAUGUGGAGAAGCUCAUCACACAGAUCCAAGAAAGACCCCAAAUCUGGGACACACGCUGUGACGGUUACCGUGACCGUGUAGCCAAGGAGCGGGCAUGGGAGGAGGUGGCACAACAUAUGAUGGCCAGCCAAUGGGAGAAGGCAAAUUCCAAAAAGCGGCGUGACUUAAUUCAAAGAGUAAAGACAAGAUGGCAUUCAUGCCGUGACCAAUUGUGCCGUGAAUUAAUCCAAUCAAAGGGUCAUAGUGGUGAUGGCGGUUUGCUUAAAAAACCAUAUAUGUAUACCCGCCAGCUACAAUUUCUGCGGCCCAUUUUGGAAUUAAGGCCCACCGUGGACAACCUUGAGGAUGAAGGGCACAAUUCCAUCAGCUCCCAUGAGGUGGACCAAGCUGCUUUCGGGCCACAUUCCCCACGUCCUGUGACCGAUGAGGAGGAUCUAAGCACACAGGAGCUGCCCACUCACCAACUGCAGGGAGAAGGUUCUGGUGUGGAAGCUGGAGGAGUUACUGCUUCCAGUCCAGAAGCACAGGCCAGGCGAGAAGAGGGGCUAAGGCCAAUCCUUCAUCUCGCUCAGAACCUCGAGCAGUGGUUGACAGCCAGGUGAUCCAGUAUUUAAGCAAGAGAAGGAAGGAAGGUAAGGAGGAGAGGAUGCUUGGUGGCCUAGCUCCCCUGAUCCAAGG